AUGCUCUCCCGGCGGAGGCUGCGCCGCGACGCCGCCGUCGCGCCGAGCGCCAGCGACGCGGCCGUCGGCGCGCGGCUCGCGGCGGCGCGCGUGCGCUCCCUGAACCUGGGGAUGCCGCGCCGCCGCGACGCACACGCGGUGGUCGCCAGCCGCAUCUGGGCCGCCUCCGUCGACGCCGAGGCCGCCGAGGUCGCCCGCGCGCGCCGCGAGGAUCUUGAGGAGCGUGUGCGGAACGAGAAGCCCGCGGCGCCGAAAAUUGAUUGGAAAGCGCUCGAGGCCGCCGCGUCGGCCCGCGGCGACCUCCUGGCGGGCUGCGCGAUCUGCCUGGGGCCCUUCUCUGGGUUUGAAGACGGGUCGACAAUGUUGCUCGACUGCGCGCACGCGUUCCACGCGAGCUGCCUCGCGGCGCUCGAGCGGCACCUCGGUUUUGAAAAUAGGAGGUGCGCGUUGUGCCGCCGACCGAAUUACAAUAAGCACGUGACGAAGCGGGCGGCGCUCGACCGGCGCGCCGCGGCGGCGACGGUCCUCACGGGCGCCGCGCGGGCCCGGCUCGCGGUCAAGCGGACCGACACGGCCCGCCGGGCCUUCUACGGCGCCGGCCGCGGCGAGGCGCGGGCACGUCUCGCCUUCCUCGCGCGCACCGUGCGCGCCCACAACGACGAGCUCGUGGGCGCGAGCGACGACGCGCUCGACGCGCUGUUCGCCGAGUCCGACGACGCGGUGGCGGCGGCGCGCGCGGUGCUGGCGGCGGCCGUGGCGCCGCCGCCGCGCCGUGAUGCUGAGCCGGAACGGCCGUCCGACGCCGUCUGGGCGGCGGCGGAGGCACGCGCUUUGAAGCGCCGCGCCGAGGAGGAGGCGGUCUGCGCCGUGUGCCUCGGGCCCCUGCAGGCCUCGACGCUCCUGCCCUGCUCGCACGAGUUCCACGCGGCCUGCGUCGACGCGAUGGAGCGCUUCCGGCCGGGCGAUGCCGGCGCGGCGGCGUGUCCGACGUGCCCGGUCUGCCGGGAGCCGUACCGGGAGCGGCGAUCUUCGUCGUCGGGGGCUGUUGCUAAAGUUGAUGUUUCGUGA